AUGGGGGAGGAUGACUCUUCUAAUCCUCAUGGCGGUAGCACCACUGCUUCCUCCUUUCCUUCUCAACCAACCAUAGCCGAGUUGAGUGCCCAGGUGGCUCAACUAAUGCAGAUGCAGACUCAGACCUCGAAAUUGAUCCUAAAUCAGGAUCCUACCAAGACGACCCCGACCUCGACUCAGACGACGACCCCGACCUCGAAUCAGACGACGACCUUGAACCCGAAUCAGACAACGAUUCCGACGACAAUUACCUAUGAAGCUUCCGCUGCACAGAUUGGCAUAAAGUUAGAUGGCACCAACUAUGCCCUAUGGUCCCAAAGCUUGAUUGGCAAUUUCAUUCGAUUUUCAACGGCAAAAGCAGUGUGGGAUGCAGUUGCCACAACUUACUAUGAUGGCACUGACACUUCUCAGGUUUAUGAUCUGAAACGACGAGUCUCUCGUAUGCGACAAGCUGGUGGCUCCAUUGAAACCUAUUACAAUACUCUCCAAAGCUUAUGGAGAGAAAUUGAUUUUCGUCGUCCAAAUAUGAUGGAGUAUGAAAGUGAUAUCAAGCGCUAUAAUGAUAUUCUGCAGGAAGAUCGAGUUUACAUAUUUUUGGAUGGCCUUGAUGAUCGUCUUGAUAAGGCCCGAAGUGAUGUUCUUCACAUGACUCCAUUCCCUACUGUUGACCAAGCUUAUGCCUAUGUUCGCCGUGAAGAUGUUCGACAAGCAGUGAUGAUGGGUUCAUCCGAUCGAGCCACUGGUGCUGGCUUAGCGGCCAAGAAUGCGCCUCGAUCAGGUCCCCCUACUCGUGCCGGACAGCCCCAUAAUUCCUCUACUGCAGCCCACCUCAGAUCCAGUCAUAUGCUACUGCUGCUGGACCUCCGCGCUCGCAAGCUCAGAGAAACUGCUAGUAAUUCUGGCCAUGCUGCUCUUGUCUCUACCGAACCCCCAUUAGCCUUGUUCCCGCAGGUAGAUCCUCCUGAUAGUCCUGCGCUUCCGGAUGUCUCAGGUAACUGUGGUUAUGCAUUUCAUACUUCUGCUAUACGAGAUACUAUUGGUUGGAUAAUUGAUUAUGGCGCCACUGAUCAUAUGACCUUUGAUCCGAAUGAUUUUUUGCACACCACUACACCCCGCCGCACAAGUAUUGCCAAUGCAAAUGGAGUUACCUGUCCUGUGACAGGGGCCGGCACUGUUGCCCUUUCACCUUCUCUGUCCCUUUCUAAUACUCUACUCGUUCCAUCUUUGUCCAAUAAAUUAAUGUCUGUGAGUCAGGAUAUUCUCACCAAGUUGAUCAUUGGGCGUGGUACUAAAAGAGGGGGGCUGUACUAUGUGGAUGACUUCAGUAUGGGACGUGCCAAUAGUAUGGAAACACAGUUCAAUGCUCGAAUACAGAUUCUUCGCUCUGACAACGGUGGAGAAUUUGUUAAUCAUGAUUUUCAGACUUACUUCCAGACACAUGGCAUUAUUCAUGAGAUAACUUGCCCCCAGACACCACAACAAAAUGGUGUUGCCGAACGAAAGAAUCGUUAUCUCCUUGAAACAGCCCGUGCUUUUCUCAUUGGUGGCCAUGUUCCUCGUCAUCACUAG